AUGGCGCCUCACGAUGUCGAGCGCGGCAGCAUCAGCAAGAUGAAGGAGGAGUCUCUUGCGCCGGGGAGCUCCUUCAGCAUGCGCGAGCCCGACUACAACGACAUCUCCGCGCCGUCGUACUGGGGCCGUUUUGUGGAUGGCUUCAGGCGCGAUCAGCGGUCGAGCCUCUUCACGAAUAAUCCGCUAGGCCACCAUGAGGGCGCCGAGAGGGUGCAUGACGGGGCGCAUUACUACGAUUUGCAGAGCGCUAUGCUAGAGACGGCUAACUCUGGCCUGGCGAGGGAAUUGAAGGGGAGGCAUUUGCAGAUGAUUGCCAUUGGAGGUUCAAUCGGUACCGGGCUUUUCGUCGCAUCAGGAAGAGCGCUGGCAGAUGGCGGUCCAGCGUCAAUAUUGCUGGCUUUCACCAUCGUCGGCGCCAUGCUCUUUUGUACAUGUCAGGCGCUGGGUGAACUUGCUGUCAUCUUCCCCAUCGCCGGAUCGUUUUCAGCGUGGGCUACUCGAUUUAUUGAUCCUUCGUGGGGUUUCGCCAUGGGUUGGAACUACGCAUUGCAGUGGUUAAUUGUUCUACCACUCGAGAUCAUCGCUGCAUCUCUAACCCUCUCAUACUGGGACGAGAGCCUCAAGCGCGCCAUUUUCGUAUCGGUAUUUCUCUUCGUCAUCAUAGUCAUCAACAUGUUUGGCGUGAAAGGUUAUGGUGAAGCCGAGUUUAUCUUCUCCAUCAUCAAAGUGAUUGCCGUCAUCGGCUUCAUUCUUCUCGGUAUCGUUCUCAACUGUGGCGGAACGCCAGAGAGCGGCUACAUUGGCGGCCGUUACUGGCAAAAUCCUGGCGCUUUCAACAACGGUUUCAAGGGAAUGUGCAACGUCUUCGUCACGGCCGCGUUCUCCUUUGCUGGCACUGAGCUUAUUGGCCUCGCUGCCGCUGAGACUGCUAACCCGCGAAAGUCACUCCCAACAGCUUUGAAGCAAGUCUUCUGGAGGAUCACUCUCUUCUACAUCGUUGCCUUGACGUUGGUUGGACUGCUUGUUCCGCAUAAUGAUCCUCGACUUGUCGGCGGGACCAGUGAUGCAGAUGCAUCUGCAUCGCCCUUCGUCAUCGCCAUUGAAGAAGCAGGCAUCCAGGUCUUGCCGUCAGUCAUGAACGCAGUCAUCCUCACGGCUGUCCUCUCUGUCGGAAACUCUGCCGUGUUUGGUUCAUCGCGUACCCUCGCCGCUCUCGCAAACCUCCGCCAAGCUCCCAAGAUCCUCGGCUACGUCGACCGCAAAGGCCGCCCGCUUGUCGCAAUUGCAAUCGCCAGUGCCUUUGGUCUCAUCGCCUUCCUCGCCGACCUCCCUGAGCAAGGCGCUGUUCUCGACUGGCUCAUGUCCAUCUCCGGCUUGUCCACAAUCAUUACGUGGGGCUCCAUCUGCGUCUGCCACAUCCGCUUCCGCCGCGCCUGGGCUGCACGAGGCCGCUCCGUCUCAGAGCUCCCCUUCCAAUCCCAAGUCGGCGUGAUCGGCUCCUGGGUCGGCAUCACCCUCAACGUCCUCGUCAUCAUCGCCCAGUUUUGGGUCGGUGCUUUUCCCAUCGGCUGGAAAGAGAUGACGAGCUCCGGAGUCGCGCGCAACUUCUUCCACAAGUGGGUUGGCGCACCCUGCGUGAUCAUCUUCUACAUAGUCCACAAGAUCUACUUCCGCACCACCUUUGUGCGUAUACAAGACAUGGACGUCGAUACCGGACGGCGGGAUUUCAAUGUCCCUAUUCUUGUGACCCAGGAACGCGAGGAGCAAGAGAGCUGGCCGCGAUGGAAGCGAUAUUACAAGUUUAUGUGCUAA